AUGGAUAUGGAGCGAAAAAUCUUCUCUGCUGCUCUUGUUCUGUUCUCAUCUGAAAUCAUUCUUCUUUUGACGCCCUGUGAACAUCUUAUCGCCCUUGAAACUGAUCUGAAGGAAUUGAGUGACUGCUGCAGCAUUGUCCUUUGCCCCUAUGGAUUUUAUGAGGAAUCACUGGACUGGAGUACCUCAAGUAGUACCAGGACACAAAGAAGCCAUUAUCGGAUUCAGUUGAUGACACGGGGGAAGGUGCCAUAG